GCUCUCUUGUACCACAAAUUACUCGCCUGAAUUCCUUACCUGCAAGAUGUCCACAUUGCCUUGAUCCUUCUUCAACUGUAUUUCUUCAUAAGUACCAAAAUAAACUUUCAGUAUUUUUUAUCCCCGUUUGGUGGUUCAAAGCAAAAUUUCUCUGGAUUUGUGAACGAUGCAAAUGGACAGGAAACACAAGGCCUGAUGAUGAACAGGUCAGACAGAGGGAAAAAGCAGAAUUGACGUUGCGACAACGGCAACCUUUGCCAACUUGGGGAUUGAGAAAGUGCAAGGCUUGUAAUAAGGAG